AAUAAACUCACCAGGACCCAGGUGCAAUGUUAGAAUCACCCACUCUGUUCUUACCAUCACCCAGUGUAGGAAGCUUGCAAUUUUUCUCCUUCUCUCCUUUUAUUUAACUUGGCUUCUCUCCCUCCUUUGGCUUGAAAGAAGGAAACUAAGGAUGAGCAAAGUUCUGAUAAUAGGCUUCCUAGCCCUUCUCUACCUUGAUUCAGGUAAGUCCAGGGUUUUUCUUCAGCUAGAACUCUCCAGAACUCAGUUCUGACACCUCUCAGGUGGGCGCCAUUGCCAUUCUAAGAGAAUGAGGGAGGUGUUCAUCAUGAAUUCGGGCACCUCUGUUUCUAGAAAAAUAGCACUGGGUAAGUCUCAGAGUCAAGAACAAAACAUUACAGAGUAGAACUACAAAGCAGAUGCUCUACCACUUGGCUACAGCCCUUCCUUCAAAAGGAAGAGGGCCUUCUUGGUAGUGGCACUGGCCUUCCCAAAGAAGUUAAUCAAGCACCAUCUUCGGGAUACCAUCUUUGUGGCUCCCCGGGCUUUUAAAAUAGCAUGCUUUACAGUCUGGGUCUCACAGUUUUAAUUAAGUUUUUUUUUACACUGUGUUUUAAUUGUGUUUUGAUUUUAAAAACAAGUUUCUUAAAGUUCCCUAUUGUUAUAUACUGAAUUGUAAAGAGUUUGUUCUGGCACUUGCUUGCUCUAUCGGCUUUGUGAACUGCCAAAGGAAGUCCUAUAAUGGGGCAACUAUAUGAGCAGUAAUAAAAAAAACCGAGACUCUAGGUAAGAAUCUGAAUGGAGCAAGAGGUUCAAACGGGCACCACUCCACUUCUCAGAUGUGUCCUUCAUCCCUGUCCCAACCACUGAGGUUACCUUUUCAUGGUUUCAUCCACCAUUGCAUGUCUUGCUAUUCAAAGAGGGUUUAGCUAUAUACCAUUCACUUCCUGGGAGCCACUCUCUAACCAGUCAUUUGCUUAACAUUUUCUUCUCCUCUUUUCAUUCUCCCUGCCAAGCUGAAGCCCUCUGGUGCCUCUACUGUCCGAAUGUUGAGUAUGAUAAUACUUGUUCGACCAUCCAAGAAAUUUGCGAUGCAGGAAAUGACAGAUACUGCUUCACACGAAUGACUAUUCAACGUGAGUCCAGUAGAAACAGUUUAAUGCUUGAGAGUGGCAGAGGGAUGAUUUGUUCCUUUGCUUGUUUAGACUAAAUCCCGCUUUCCAGUCCCAAGAGGCUAUCGAAGAGGCUAAGAGCCCCUCCUGACAUCCUUUUCACAGUGCAUUCAUGGUAAUUUGUGCUUAUGAAGCUCUUGUAACCUCCUACUCUUAAUGUUUUAUGCUUCAAAUGUUCUGCGGGCUUUUAUGUCUCACUUUUGCUGCAAUGUAGCCCCUCCAAACUGCAGUAAUGUGGGAGCCCUGGGGAAGUCACACAGAACAACUAAAGAAACAGUAUGAUGUGUGAAUUGUCCAGUAUAUAAGGUUGCCACCCAUCCCUUAAAAUAUGGAAUCGUCCCUUUUUUUCAAAGUAAAUUGCUGUGUCCCAUAUUGAUUUAAUAUGAGAUGCAAUUUUUUCCCCUGCAUUUGAAGUUAUCAUCCCCUCCCUUCCACCUCCCUCUUCCUUCACUGGUCCUUUAAGGUACUUCAUUCCCCACCACCCCCACCACCUUUUUGUCCCAGCUGCAGAGCCAUGGGCAGGCAGAGCUUGUGCGGGCAAAUGGUGGGUUGGGGGGCGGGAAGGAGAGCAAGAGUUUGUGCUGACAGAAGUGGGAGAGUGAGAGCAAGAGCCGCUGGCAUGUCAGGUGGGGCAGCAAGGAAGGGCAGCUGGCCGAAGAGCAAGAUCUGAAAAACAAGAAAUCACAGACACAGCAUUCAGAGCUUAGUGGAGCAGCUAAAAGGUGAGGGCCCUUGCCCACAAAACUCCUUUCUUGUGCAGUAAACAGUGGUGCUGACUUGGCUCAAAUUCUUUCUCCCUGAUUGCUUUGUAUGUAGAAGGCCCCCACCCUCCAAUUAUGAUUACAGUGGUACCUCAAAAGUAGAGCAGAAUCCAUUCUGGAAGUCCAUUCGACUUCCAAAACGUUCAGGAACCAAACAGGGGUGGAGGAAGGGGGCGUUGGGGGCAGUCUGCCCCGGGUGUCAUCACUGAGGGGGAUGACAUUUGGUGUGCUGCCCGCACGCGACUCCCAAGCCUAUCCCGAGCCACCAGGGGGAGAGGUGGAGCUGCACCGCCUUGCCAGCAGCCUUCCCCCCUUCCCCCUUUGUUCUGACAGCUUGGGGGAGGCUUGGGAGUCGUGGGUGGGCGGUGCGCCAUUGCCCCCUGCUCCCGGGCUGCUUCUGGGGGGCGGAGAGCCUCCCCAGAGCUGUCAAAAGGAAGAGGGAAGGGAGGAAGGCUGCUGGCAAAGUGGCUUCCUACCCCCGCCCAGGAAGCAGCCUGCCAUGGGCGGCUCGCCCCCGGGACGCUCACCCUGCCCCCAUGGGUCCAUCCUCGGGUGCACAGCAUGUGCGCUGCUCCAGGUGCCGGAGCGGCUAGCUCCACCUCUGGAACCAAUGUGGAGCUUCUGAGUGGCUGCAGGCGCUUCCUGCAGCCAAUCGGAAGCCAUGGAAGCGGCAUUGGACACUCAGGUUCCAAAGAACGUUCGCAAACCGGAACACUCACUUCCGGGUUUGCGGUGUUCAGGAGCCAAAACGUUCGACUCGCAAGAUGUUCAUCAACCAAGGUACAGCUGUACUUCCCUUCUUGCCUUGCCUGGCCACUCCUCGCUAUUUAAGUGUAACUCAAAGGAGUGCAUCUCCCUCCUUUUUUCUUUCCUGCAAGCUGCACUUAACAUGGCUCACACACCAUGCAGCCUUCUUCUGACUUCCCCACUGGUGAGGGGAAGGUGAUCAGGCAUUCCUGCACCCAUCUCCCUGCCACCUCCCUCUCCCUUCUAACUUCCAGUAAGCAACAGUGCCAGAACCAUCAAAGGUCAAGUGUGUGAUGGUGCCUUGCCAUACUGUCUUCUCCUGUUCGUCCAUCUCUCUUGGUGGAAGCUACAGUAGGUGCUGUCACACACUUGACACGCAGGUGUAAUAAAUACUAGGCAAGCAACCAUAUUCCGGCCACCGCCAGAGCAAUUUUAAAUUAUUUUUUUUGAAACUGGGCCACCUAUUAGAGCAGACUUGGGGAAUCUUUCUCAGCCUAUUUGGGAAAACUUCUGGGAGCCAUGCGCCAGUGGUGGGUGGAGCAAUGCACAUACAUUUCCCUUUGCACAUCAGACUUCUUUCUACAUCUAUGAUCAAACGUCUCUCUCUCUCUCUCUCUCUCUCUCUCUCUCUCUUCUCCAUUCAAGCAAGAAGGAAUUAUUAUCAGGCUUCAAUGAUACAUUUGCAGCGAGGUGAAAACAUUCACUCAAGGAGAAUGCAAAGCAAGGGCAGAGGGAGGUGUGGCCUGAAGAAAGAGGGUGCGGCUACAAAGGGAUUGUGGCCUGUGCAGGGUCCCAAGGGCCAGAGAGAGGGAGAGAGUUUAGGAGGGCUACAUUUGGCCCCUGAGCCUGAGGUUACCCACCUCUGUAUUGGAGACUACAAGGCCACUGAAAUAUCUGAUGGGUGACAAACAGAUGCUUUUUGGGAGGCAGGAGAACUUAUUGAAGUAGGAAAAUCAGCUGUGUGGGAUGAAAUGGUGAUGUCCAACCCUCUUAAUGUGAGCUGGGUGUGUGGAUAAUAUGCUUGGCACCAUCUGGUGCUUUUUCUCAAUAUUACUUCAGGGAUGGAGCAGACAUACAUGGCACAUCAGCUUCUAAAUUGCUAGUAGGGAUGGGGAGAGGGGAGCUGGAUCUACACUCACCUUUUAAACGUUAUUAGAAUGAUAUUAGAAAUAUCAUUCUAAAAUGUCAAAACAGGAAAUGUUCUCUUGUGCUUCCUCCCUGCUGUCUCCCUUGUUCCUGGUUCCUGGUUCCAAGUCGCUCUGCAGACACCGUUAAAGAGCAGAAUGUCAUAUGGCUAUAUGGUUAUCAGAACUAUUCCUUAACUCAUUCUUAGCGUUAAAAACCGUGAGUGUAAAUCUGCCCAGGGUCCAUGAUGCAUUUUUCUCUGUCACAUCACUCCACAGAUGGCAAAGUUACAAGUGUGGACCGAGGCUGCAACAGCGACUGUCAUACCUUCAAGAUCAUGAAAAACAACUAUGAAGAACAUAUGUUGUGCUGUGGAUACGAAUUGUGCAACGAUCUGGAUCUCUGGAACGUAUGAUGAAGAAGAGCUGUUGUGAUGUGUGGAAGACUUUUGCAAUUUUCAUAAUCUUUGGACAAAUAAAUAAAUAAAUGUGUGCAUUCCUAGCUAUUGAGGGUGAGUCUGUGAAAUCGAGAGGUUUCUAAAGUUUCUGGCUUUUGACUACUUGCAUGAAAUACGUUGCUGUGAGUAGUGAACCGACAAUGUUCUUGUCUCUUCUAGUAAAGCCAUAAAGUCAUGGGACGAGUGGAUGUGCGCAUGAGCCCAUCAUGUCAGGACCCAUCUCAACUCAUGUGGAAAGAUAAAAGACAAAUAUAGGGACACUUUCCUGGAAGAAUAUUUGCAUACUGCAUUGGAAUGUCCCCCAUCUCUCUAUGUGCCCUCCUACAUUGACAUCAUAUAGUCAUCUAGAGAUCUUUUCUUGGAACCUGUCACAGCCCCUUAGAAUCAGAUGGGCUAAUAAAAGGCCUACCAUGAGUGGAUAUUUCUGGCCUGUCCACCACCA